UAUUUUCUGAGAGUUCCAAGGUUGUCCUACUUCCGUUGUCGGAAAAUGCAAUCUCUUACUCGCGACAGCUUUCUCCUCCCCUACGCCCACCGGCUCCGUCGUCCUGGUUCUGUCCACAGCAGUUCCACCCAGAGAGCUGGUUGCUUCUUUCGAUGCCGUCGAGGUUCAGAUUCUCAAUUGUCGCUUUUCCGGUCAACCUUUGACAAGUGUUUCCCGCCCUUGAGGUCUUCUGCUCUCCCGGCCCCAAGUUCUAACGCUUUAGGUGUUGAUGCAGCAGAGUUUAUAGAAGCAACGAAACAUGGAAAUCUGGUGCCACUUUGUGUGUGCAUUUUUGGAGAUAAACUGGACCCAAUUCUGGCAUAUCGGUGUCUGGUGAAGGAAAAUGAUUGGAAUGCUCCGAGCUUCAUUUUCGAGUCGGUGGAAUCGAAUUCUCAGGGUCGUUAUAGUGUAGUGGGAGCUCAGCCAACUCUGGAAAUAGUGGCGAAGGAGAAUAAAAUUACUGUUUUGGAUCAUAAGAAAGGGCGAUUUACUGAAGAAUUUGUUGAUGAUCCCCUCACUAUUCCAAUAAAGAUCUCAGAGAAAUGGAAACCUAAAUCAAUUGCUGGACUUCCAGACACGUUUUGUGGUGGAUGGGUAGGCUAUUUCUCAUACGACACAAUGCGAUAUGUGGAGAACAAAAAGCUACCAUUCUCAAGAGCUCCAAAGGAUGACAGAAAUCUUGCUGACUUUCAUCUAGGCCUCUAUGACGAGGUUGUCGUGUUUGAUCAUGUUGAAAAGAAAGUGUAUAUAACUGUUUGGGUGGAGCUGGAUGGAUAUUUGUCAGUGGAGAAAGCUUAUGAAGAUGGAGUAAAACGUUUGGACAUUCUGGCAAAGAGAUUUCAAGAUGAUGAACGUCCAAGGCUGAGCUCGGGUGUUGUCGGCUUGAAUACUCGCCAUUUUGGUCCAUCCUUACAGAAAUCAAACAUGACUAGUGACUCUUACGAAGAGGCUGUGCUUCAGGCAAAAGAACAUAUUCUUGCAGGAGACAUUUUCCAGAUAGUUCUAAGCCAGCGUUUUGAGUAUCGAACUUUUGCCAAUCCUUUCGAGAUUUAUAGAGCGUUGAGAAUCGUCAACCCGAGUCCGUAUAUGGCUUACUUGCAAGCUCGUGGUUGUACGUUGGUUGGUUCUAGUCCUGAAAUUCUUACUCGUGUCAAAAAGAAUAAGAUUGUAAAUCGCCCCUUGGCUGGAACUGUUCGAAGAGGGAGGACAGAAAAAGAAGAUGAAAUGUUGGAGAAGCAGUUAUUGAAUGAUGCAAAACAGUGUGCAGAACACAUUAUGCUCGUUGAUUUGGCUCGAAACGACGUUGGAAAGGUUUCGAAAAAUAGCUCGGUGAAGGUAGAAAAACUUAUGAAUAUUGAGCGAUAUUCGCACGUAAUGCACAUAAGCUCAACGGUAACAGGAGAGUUGCUUGACCAUCUAAGUAGCUGGGAUGCCCUGCAAGCUGCAUUACCUGUUGGAACUGUUAGCGGAGCACCCAAGGUAAAGGCCAUGGAGUUGAUCGAUGAAUUGGAGACAACAAGACGAGGUCCAUAUGGUGGUGGAUUCGGUACCGUUGCUUUUAAUGGUGAUAUGGACAUGGCACUCGCUCUUAGAACGAUCGUAUUUCCGACGUCAUCUCAUUACGACACAAUGUACUCGUACAAGGGUGUGAACCAGCGCCAGGAAUGGGUUGCUCAUCUUCAAGCUGGAGCUGGUAUAGUGGCUGAUAGUAGUCCUGAUGAUGAACACCAAGAAUGCCAAAACAAAGCUGCUGCUCUUGCUCGUGCCAUUGCCUUGGCAGAGUCUGCUUUUGUUAACAAGUAAUCUUCCGCACCUGGCUCUCAUCAAAUUACUGAAAGAAUUUCGUUCUAUAUGCAACAAAGCCAUAAGCAUAAUUUAUACUACCAAUCUCAACCUCUGUACAACUAUUCAAACAAUUAUAAGGAAGAUAGUUCAUAAUAUCUGUAUUUCUUUCACUUCACCAAAAC